AUGACUGAACCUCAAGAGGACCCUGCCGCUGUUUUUGCCAUACCGGACUUCUGGAAACCGUCAAAAUGGCUGCAUCAAUUCGAUCACGACUCUAAUGCCCGCGAUCCCUUCUUUUCUCCCGGUCUCACAAAUGAUAUAGACUCGGACCUUGUACAGCUGGGUGAAGUAUCGGUCCAGAAAAGCGGCUUCUUCAAAUUACCAUCCCAGUUUGGGCCUCAGUCAGAGCCAGAGCCAGAGCCAGAGUCAGAAACGACAGUAUCCCCCAACGAUGGUCCAGUUCCUGUGGAAAGCGUCGACGGUGCAGAGUCUGAAGACGAUAUCUGGACAAGUACCGAUAGGCCAGCAGAAAAGGUCCCCGAGCACAAGACCUGGGAUGGCUUCAUUGAAGGAACAGCAGCAGGUCAACAGCCACCUCUGAUUACUGAAGCCGGAGCAACUGUCUAUGAUGCCUUGUUAGGCUGGUCUGUCGAUCCUCUCGAGCUGAAAAGCUCGGAAGUGCCUGUCGUUGACAUCAAGGCUUACUUUGCCUCCCUCCUUGCUUUGGCGCUUGGCCAGGAGUCGGUUUUAUUUUCCAGGCAGGAGAAAGGCCGCUCUUUCGUCCCAGCGAUACCCAGUAUGCGAGUUACGGGAUAUUCCAAAGACGUACUUCGUGGUCUGGAAAAGCAGUGCCACAAGUGUGGCUCAAUGCUUCUCGAAUUGCGCUCUUUUGUCAACACUACAUAUGCAAAGCGUACUUCAAAGUGCGGUGUUGCUCUGGCUGGUGCUAUAGACCAGAUUCUGAAGGAUGUUCAGCGACAUGUAGCUUUGCAUGGACAAACACCCCGGUCUCUUUUAGAGCUCCAGUCUACGGUCAAUGGACUACUCGCGAUUCUCGUACCUUUCCACAGGCUCUCUUCCAAAUUUCGCAAAAAUUAUGGAGACGAAUAUGUCCUUUCUCUUGUGUUCCACGAAGCAUACUCCGUCGACUACGGUGAAGAACAGCUUCGAGGGAUUAUGCGGGAAGUCUUGCAGAGGACUUCCUCACCCUGGAUCGAGUUCUUGGAAGAAUGGAUCGGAACCAGACAAGAGGAAGGUAUACCAUUGACCAAGGCCAAUGUUGGAGCAAGCAAAGGGUUUAUCAAGGUCGACACAGAGAAAUACACAGAUGAUUUCGGCCACGAGGUUGAAGAUAUUGACUUUCGACUGGACGAGACCAAGAUGCCUCACUUUAUGCCCUAUGAUAUUGCCAAAUCGAUUUUCGAAACAGGCAAGAAUCUGCGGUUCAUUAGAGAAUGUCACCCCGAGCAUCCUCUGGCUUCGGCGCAUAUCAUUAAUGCGACCAACCCUCCAAAGGUCGGUUGGCUCUACGACUGGGACGCCAUUGGAGACCUUGAGAAACGGGUCAUCAAAUAUCACGAUGAUCUUUUGCAGGCGAUCAGCGACUGCUCGCCUACCAAGCAAGUCUCCCAGCCAGGAGACUCCAAUCAAUCUAUGGAUGCUGAAAACAUAACUCUACCUCAUGAAGAUGGCACCCCAGAAAUGGGACUCAUAAGUGCUCUCACAGCACGCAUGGACGAGCCUUUAACGGUCGAUGCGAGCAUAGAAGAUGCGUUGAGCCGAAUCCUUCGUGAACGCCUGACACAGUCUGCUGCUCGGAAGCUCAAGCCUCCUACCAGUGGCUUUGACUUUACUCCUCAUCCAUCACUUCUUCCGGUGCUUUCGUUCGGAGGUAUUGCCUCUGCGCAGUCCGAAGUCGUCAACCAGGAAAGUCUCAGGCUGCUAUUUAACAACCACGACUUACGUGGUCAUCUAAAGAUGCACCGCGAUUUUCACCUUUUCGGUAGCGGAAUGUUCGUAAGCCGCUUGUCUCACGCCUUGUUUGACCCCGAUCUUGAAACGGCCGAACGACAGGUGGGAGUUGCACGGCAAGGAGGUGUUAUGGGGCUUCGUUUAGGGGGGCGAGAUACUUGGCCACCGGCGUCCUCUGAAUUACGCCUUGCUCUCAUGGGAGUCCUUGCCGAGAGCUUCGCUUCGGACAAUGAGUUUACCAGGGAGCAGCAGACCAGUAUCUCGAGGGACGCGUCUGAGCUGCCAGGCGACAUGAGCUUUUCUGUGCGUGAUUUGACACAGGAAGAGAUUGAAAAGUGCAUGAACCCAGAUUCGCUGGAAGCACUCGAUUUUCUACGCCUAUCAUACAAGCCGCCCAACGCACUGUCAAGCAUUAUCAGUCCUGUGAUCCUGACGCAGUACGAUCGAAUCUUCAAACUGCUGUUGAGAAUUAUGCGGAUGGUUUAUGUUGUCAACCAGUUGUUCCGAGACGUCAAUGCUAGAACCACCCGUUGGAACGACCCGGAGGACAUUUCCUACCGAUUCACCAGAGAAGCACUUCAGUUCGUUUCCGGCAUCACUUCAUUCUUUAUGGACGCUGGAGUUGCGAUUCCUUGGGAAGCGUUUGAGGCCAAACUUGAUAAAGUUCAAGCCGACUUGAAGAGUCCAUCGCACAUCAGGAACACGCCAGACAAGGUUGAGAGUCCUGACAGACUACGAGAGUUUCACUCGCGAGUCCUUGAUCGUAUCAUGCUUUCUCUGUUUCUCCGAAAGCGUCAGCAGCCAGUGCUGAAGCUGCUCGAUGAGAUCUUCUCCACGGUCUUAGAGUACGCCAAGUUCUCUCGAAUCAAAGCUUUGGGCAAAGGCCAAACGACAACGCCAGAAGAAACCCAAGAGCUGCGGCGCCUGUACAGGAAUUUCAAGCAAAGGGUGCAAAUCUUUAUGACUGUCUGUCGAGCCUUGACGGAAAAGAGUCGAUCAACGAGUAACAAGGUAUCGGAUGACUUGGGUUUGAAGCAGGAGGGCAUUGGCGAGGAUCAUAUGGUUGCGCAGCUUUUGAUGAAGUUAGACAUGAACGAUUAUUACACCAAGCACUAG